UUUUGAACCAACAUAAUGCAGUCCGUCAAUCUCACUUAUAUCACGCCCAUCCUCAAACGUAUUCAAAAAAUUGUUCUGACCAACCAGAAAGCUGCCUCCAUUGUAUGCGGGAUGUUUAUGUUUAGACCUAUAUGUUCUCAGUUCCUUUUCUGUACCCUCAUCAAACACUUUCGCUUGCUCUCAUUUACCUCCACUUAUUACUUACGCCCACCGGACGGCUGUCUGCAAGGCGCGUCUUUCGAAAUGAUUACAAAACUCGACAGGUGAGCAAAACAAAUACUUUCUAUUUGUGUCCUGUGUGGGUUUUUAAAUCUGACACAAAUAAAAACUACAAGUUGUGCACACUGUAAUUAAAAAUAACACACGGAAAUUCUUCAUCGGUAACAUAAUGCUGACUGUAAUUCACUUUCAGUAUUUAUGUGCUACUUCUGAGCUUUAUUAACUGUGGUUUCAGUAUUAAUGUGAUGAUCAAUUGUCCUGGUUUCGCUAAACGUUGUGAAAGCGAGAGUGUGAAAGCAGUGUUGAAUGAGUAUACUGUGUGUUUGCUGUCCAUCAGACAUAUUUGGUUAACCACAGGCUUUACAUGAAUUUAGUGGGUGAAAAAUAAAUUAAAAGUUCAACUGGUGUGUGAGAAAAGCCAGCGGUAGGGAGUUGCAAUGGGAGUAUUUUCAGCCCUAUUUGGUUUGUAGGAUAUAUCAAAAACACAAACAUAUUCCAGUGAUAUUUGGUGGAGAGAUCAGCCUUGAGUUACAGAACAGUUAAUCAGACUUUGAGAUGCAGCUGCAGAAGCAUUUUCAAUGCAUUGUUUUAAUGUUUCUCAUUGAUUUUAAUGUUAUUUUUGUACAUGAGUGAACCAGUGCCCCACUUGCAUUUCAAACACAGGACUGUUAAGCCUUGGUGAGUGAUGCACUCUGCAGCCUAUAGUUUUAAAUAUGCAAAUUAAGUCAUGGCCUAAAACCCCAGCUCUCAGUUGAAAACAACUGAUGUGAUCAUCCUGCAGAUGGCUGAAGAUGGCAGCACAUUUAUUGUAGUCUUUAUGGGUUAAGCAUGAAGUGAAGAAUUCACUUAAUCCAUAAAGCCAAUUUUUACUUUUUUUUCAUGCAAAAUCUGCAGCUUUUUGUGUGUUACUGUUUAUUUUUCGGGUUAUGUUGUACCUGCGCAGCACACAGGCAUCAAGAGAACUUGUCUCAUUUUUAAUCAUAGUGUGCUUUUGCCACGGAAGAAGUUCAUUUACCAUUACAAGAACAUGCGCUGGGCAAAAGGCCGUCAUGAGACGUACCUCUGCUUUGUGGUGAAGAGACGAGUGGGGCCAGACUCCCUGUCCUUUGAUUUUGGACACCUCCGCAAUCGCAAUGGCUGCCAUGUAGAGCUGCUGUUCCUGCGGUACCUGGGAGUCUUGUGUCCUGGACUGUGGGGGUAUGGGAUUGCUGGAGAGAAGAAAAUAAGUUACUCCAUCACCUGGUUCUGCUCCUGGUCCCCGUGUGCCAACUGCUCCCUCAGACUGACAGAGUUCCUCAGGCAGACACCGAAUCUUCGCCUCAGGAUCUUUGUCUCUCGCCUUUACUUCUGUGAUGUGGAAGACAGCCGUGAGAGAGAGGGUCUGAGGAUGCUAAAAAAAGCCGGCGUGCAUGUCACAGUGAUGAGUUACAAAGACUUCUUCUAUUGCUGGCAGACUUUUGUGGCUUGUAAAAAGAGCAGGUUCAAGGCGUGGGAGGGGCUGCACCAGAACUCUGUUCGUCUGGCUAGAAAGCUCAACCGCAUCCUUCAGCCCUGUGAGACAGAAGACUUAAGAGAUGCCUUCAAACUUCUUGGACUGUGAAUUGUUUUGCUCCCUCUUCUUCUGGUAUCGCCUGUAGAGAAAAGACAUGUUGGGUCAUCACUACAACAACUAAACUGAGAAUCAGAAAUGUUUUUUUAAUACUGCACCCUGUUUGUAGCAAAGCUUGUAGUUGCUUGUUUAAACUGUGAAAUUAAAUAAUAUAGCAUUAUGUUGUCUUUAAUUAAUGUUAAGUAGUAGUGAUGCACAAAUAAAUCAGUAUGAG